AAAAAAAACGUUGAGGGUUAGGGUUUAAGGGGUUUCUCUCUUUCUCAAACUCUGUGACUGAGUUGAAGCAGAGAGUAAAACAUGCCUCGUACGACUACACUCGAUUGUCCUGGUUGCCCUCCACUUCGAGCUCUAACCUUCGACGAGCUUGGUCUCAUAAAAGUUAUUGAAGCUCGAGGUAAGCAAGGAAGAGCAGAACCUAAGGUGGUUGAGAGGUGGGGCGACCCGGAUUCCUCUAAAUGCGUGCUCGCCGCCUCUAUCGAUGACCGAAAAUCAGACCCAUUACUAGCUGUUGCAAGAAGAAAUGGCAUGGUUGAAGUUCUUAAUCCUCUUAAUGGGGAUCUCCGUUUCGCAGUCUCCAAUGCCAGUAUUAAUGGCGUUCAGUCUGAAGAUGACCCCGUUGCUGGAUUGCAUUUAUUUGCCAAAAAGAAGUCGGAAUUGGCUUCUAGGUCUUGCACUUUGCUUACGUGUACAACAAAUGGAAAUGCAAGCAUAAGAUCCUUUGAAGUGAAUAAACCAGCCGCUGAUGUUGCUUCUACUGGGUCUUCAAGAACGUGGAUUGUAGGUGGCGGCGGCAGUAUCUUAUGUUCUAAAGUGGAUGGAAGUGAAAACUAUUUUUUAUUUGGAGGGAAGCGUGUUGAGAUGAAUGUCUGGGAUCUUGACAGCUGUGCCAAGAUUUGGACAGCAAAACCUCCUCCUAAAAACAGCCUUGGUAUCUUUACCCCAACUUGGUUCACAUCUGCCACAUUUUUGAGUAAAGAUGAUCAUCGUAAAUUUGUGGCUGGCACCAACAGCCAUGAGGUUCGUCUUUAUGACAUUUCUGCUCAGCGAAGACCUGUCAUAUCAUUUGAUUUUCGGGAGACUGCUAUUAAAUCUGUUGCUGAAGAUCUAGAUGGCUAUACCAUCUACGUAGGGAAUGGAUCUGGUGACCUCGCUUCUUUUGACAUACGCACAGGUAAAUUGUUAGGUUGCUUUUUGGGGAAGUGUUCAGGUAGUAUAAGAUCCAUAGCAAGGCACCCUGAGUUUCCAGUGAUAGCAUCAUGUGGAUUGGAUAGCUAUCUACGGCUUUGGAAUGUGAAGACGCGGCAACUACUUUCUGCUGUUCACCUGAAGCAGCAUCUGACAAACGUUCUUUUUGAUUCCAAUUUUGCUGAUGAAGAAGCAGAAAUUGCCCAUUCUGCAGCAGAUUGGCCGCUGCAUGAAGAGAGAGACGAGGGCGAAACACCACCUUUGAAAAGGAAGAAAUCAAAGGAAAAGAAAGGAAUCAAGAAGGAAGCUGAAGCAAAAAGUGGAAACAAGGACGAUGAGAGAGAUGAGCCGCUGCAUGAAGAUGAGAGAGAUGAGAGCGAAACACCACCUGUGAAAAGGAAGAAAUCAAAGGAAAAGAAAGGAAUCAAGAAGGAAGCUGAAGCAAAAAGUGGAAACAAGGAAUCUUCUGAAGAAUAUGGAGGCAAGAAGGUGAAAUCCAAGAAAAGUAGCAAAAGAUUAGAAAUGUGAAGAUCUCGCAGAUAUAUCGUGAUCCUGAUGGCGCCAAAGUAUGGAGCAUUUAUAUGCUUGUGUAACAGGGGAGGGGGUGGUGCCAAACAUGCCAAGGGUGAAAGGCAAUUGCUGCCCGACAAAUUUUUGAUAAAAGAAAAAAAAAAAAACAUUAGCAAUAUUGUAAAUUGGUUUCUCUUGGCCCUAUGGAGCAAGGAAAUCGGUGAAAUAGUUGUUUAAUCAGAUUGGAGUUUGGACUUGAAAUGCGAUUUACCUUUCGUACAA